GAGAACUUAGGACCGAUUAUAAUGAACCAGCCAGUUCCACUUUAACAAGAUCACAUGAUGACUUGGGUAGGCGUUAUGACAGGGGUGGACGAGGGUGAGUACAUAUGUUGGCUUAGGAAUGUUUUUUGUUCAUUCUUUCCUUAUUGAGAUUCCUCCUAGCCUAGAGUCGGUUUGGUUGCUCCAUGCAAAUGCACUUGUCAUUACAUUUGAUAAAAGCAAUGAGAUACCUGUACAGAUUUUCACCUAAUUCCUCAAUUUGCUAGUAGUGAUUUGUUUGUACAUUUCAUUACUAAUAUAAUUCCCAAUAAAAAAAGAAAGUUCAGGUUUCCUACACAAGCAUAGUAUACGUCUGACAAUGGUAUCAGGGGUGUAUAACAAGUGGAAGCCUGGUGUUUUUCAACCAAUUGUCCAGGCGUUUUGGUGCUUAUAUAUGGUAGUAGCCUGCCUAUGUUAACAGUUACCACAGGAUGUAUGGUUCCUCUAUGAUAUGUGCCAUACAAUGUUCAAGUUUAUGGAAAAGGGUAUUACCUCAGGAAUGGUCUAUGUGGAAAUCAGAUAUCUGGCAAAAAUUGUGGAAAAUUUAUGUGCAGACCUUUGACAACUGCCAAAUACAACAAAAUACUUAUUUUUUUCUGUAAAUUUUACAUUUUUGAGAAGUGAAAAUAGCAAAAUACCUUCAAGAAAAGUUUAUCUGCCGGCAAAUAAAUAUGGUGCUAAUGGUAAUGUACUGUCCAUUGCAAAACAUUGAUUUACAUCAAAAUUUUAUUAAUAACAAAUCAAGAUGUCAGUACAUCACAUUCAAUUUUAAUCUGGCAUUAAACAAAAGGUUUCAAAGUACUUUCAAAGGUUUUAAAUUUUUGGCAGUUGUCAUGUGGGUUCGCAGCCUAUCAAGGGGAAUUAUGCUGGGUAAAAGAAGGAUUCCUUUGCUACUAUAUCCAUAUUUAUUAUGGCACAAGUUCUUUGCUGAAAAAACAAUGGCAUAGAGGAGUAUUAACUGAUGGUAUGGAGGGGUAUAUAGUUUGAUAUUAUGGUAUGGAAUGGCAAAUGGUUUCUAAUGGUAAAUGGCAUUAAAAGGUUAUAGUCCAUGUUUCGUGAAGCUAAUGAGGCACCUGGUAUGGUCAUCCCAAUAUGAUUGGUUCUUUAUGGUUAUUCCAGAGGUCGUAUAAUUGUAUUCAAUUGCAACAUGGCUUCAUGGUUAUUCGGUUUCUGGUUAAUGAUUGCAACAUGGUGUUUUUUCGGCAAUGGCUAUGGUUCGGCUGUCAGUAAUGGAUUAGUGUUUUUAUGACCCACAAAGAUUAGGCUUCCAACCUGUGCAAGAGUAUCUGAUUUCUUAUUUUAUGGCAAAGCUGCAUAAAAGGAAAUGGUUAAGAAAAAUUGUAAAAAUAUAUGCAAGAGAGCGUGUUCUCGUCUACAAAUGUAUUAUUUUAUGGACUUCAUUGUAUAUCUUAUUUUCAGUUAUCCACAAUGGUACUCAGGGCAUGGUGGUAGAUACUAAUUCAUACUAAUAUCAAAAAGGAAAUAUUUUAUUAACCGGUUGUUUGGUGUUGUUUCUAAAAAAAUGUGCUUUGUAAUAAGUGCCCCGAACUGGAUAAUAUCAGUUAUUUCCUUCGUGGAAUUGUGUAGUAGAUCAGUUGUAAGAAUAACAUUCGGCCUGGUGAUGAGGGGUACGGCGGUAGACAGGGUGACGGGUAUUCAGGGUCUUAUGGGUAUAAAGAUGGUCCACCAAGGAGGGAUUAUGAUAGAGGAGAUCCUGAUGAAAGAAGCUCGUCAAGAAUGAUUGAUGAAAACCCAGAGUCAUUCCGCCGUGUCGCACGCAAUCCACCGAAACGCAAGGAAAGCGAGAGUGUCCAGAGCGGUAGUGCGGGCUCAGACAGUGGCAGUGAUUCCAGCGGUAGUGGUGAUAGUGACAGCGACAGUGAGAGUGAAUCGACGACAUCAGAGACGCCACGAAAUGUAAAGAAACCAAUAGCUUUGCAGAUACGAAAUUUAUCUGCGAGAUCAAAUGACACGACCAUAAGAGGUGGACUAUAUCACGAGUUCAAAAAACAUGGAGACGUUGGUCAGAUUAAGGUUUUUGGACGGGACAGUAACAGAUAUGCCAUUGUGUAUUUCAGACGACCUGACGACCUGGUAAAGGCAAUGGAAUCUUGUCAGAGGAAAAUGUUUCUUGGCUUUGAGAUGGACAUAUCUUUGUAUGAAGGUGACGAACAAGAGGAGAGAUCGUUCCACCGCUACAAACGCCGAGGAGACAAUGGGGGGCCUGGAUUCAACUCCGCUGACGACGUCUACCAAUUCAACGCAACCAGAACAAUAUUUGUGGGAAAUAUCGAGAGGAAUACGAAUUCAACCGAGUUAAAACGAAUGUUUGAACGAUAUGGGGAAAUUGUGGAUAUUGAUAUCAAAAAACAAGGUACUAAUGCUGCGUAUGCGUUCAUUCAGUAUCUGGAUAUUACGCACGCUGUCGAGGCUAAGAAACAGAUGAAUCGAACUCUCGCUGGACGCAAUAGAUUGAAGAUUGGUUUUGGUAAGGGGAUGCCAACAAGCACUGUAUGGGUUGGCGGUCUGGCGCCAAACGUAACCGAAGACAUGCUAGAUCGCCACUUCACGCGCUAUGGUCGUAUCAAGGGUCUGGGACUGGAUCGGAAACGAGGCUAUUGUAUGGUAUCUUUUGAGCAUAUUGCUGGUUCAACGUCCGCGCACAAUGAUUUAAAGGAAAGGAAUCUUUUCGGAAAACGAGUUCGGAUUGACUAUGCAAGUCGUGAAAGUCAAAUAUUCUUCUAUGAUUAUCUGGUCAGCACGGGUCAAAGUGAAGGUCGGCGCUAUGAGCCCUCCCCUCCGCCUCCUAUGCGACCCAGGGGGAAGAUGUACGACGAACCUAUGCGACCUCGUCAUGGUAUGCGCCCAGGACCGAAGUACCAUCCUUAUGAUCACGGAUACGAUCGACCGCCUUUCGUCGAUCGAGGUCCACGACCUUAUGACGAGUAUUUCCGAGGAGGGAGCGGUGGUUACGACAGUGACGAUUUUGGUCAAGAACUGCGUGAAUACUCGCGAGAACGCGCUCGCGAUCGUGAACCUGAUCGACGGCCCGAACCCCCUCCCCCUCGUCGGCGACAUCAUCGGGGUCACCCUGCGGAUAUGGACAGCGAUAACGAGAGGUAUUACGGUCGUCCUGAGCAUCCCGAUGUCUGGCCGGGUGAUGGCGGCAGAGAACGUGGAUCGCCCGAUAUGGAUCCGAGGGAAGACGGUCAUACUCGCAGAUAUAAAGAAGGAGAUAAAAGAAGGGACAUGGUGAAGGAUCGUGUACAGGAGAGGAGAGUUGAUGAUAAACGACCUCCUGUUAGGAUAAGAUAUGAUAGCGAGGAAGAAAUUGAGAAUGCCGAACCACCUCCCCCCGCCGAGAAAAAGGAACGUAACCGAGAUAAAUCUUUACGCAAGAAGCCGAUUGAUGCGCGAAAUGAGGACGAAAAUCCCGAAUUCUAUCCGACAGGAUACGACAAGACUUACGAUGAGGGUAAAAUAAAAAGUGUAGUCGCCAAGCGUAAAGUGAAAUCAAAGGACGGGACGUCUGCCGAGGAAGAAAAAGUCCCACCGGAGGAAGUGCCCUUACCACCCGAGGAAGAUACUCUCAUUCGGAAGGAGGAACGAAGUGCUGAUAAAGCAAGCAAGAAGCUAAAGAAGGAAGCCAAAAAGAAACGAAAGAAUAAAAAAACACCGGAGAAUAUGCCUCCCGGGGAAGAACCCUCGAAGAGUAACCCCCCGGAGCCAAUAGACUUUGACACGAAUGAGAAGAAGUACGAUCACGAUGCCCAGGAAUCUCGGGUGGAUAACUCGCGUGUUAGUCCCGAACGCGCGAGAAGGGCUAGAAAGUCAGAUGUGGUUAUGAAAUCGGUUGUCGUGGAACGACCAAGAUCACCGACUCCUGAAGAACAUUUAACAGCACGUAAACGAGUGCACUCGCCUGAACGCGACGUGGUGUACACACGCAUGGACGAUAUGCAUCGCGUGGACUACACGCGUGAUGAUCGUGUGGACCACACGCGUGGCGUAAAAGGUUCUGGUCACCAUGAUAAUGAUAACCGGUAUGAGGAAGUUAAGACGAAGAAACAGCGCCCGUCAACAGAAGCACCACCGCCCCCACCUCCACCCCCUCCGUAUAACCAAAAUGGAUCUAGUGAUUCCGCCUUCCAAAAUUCGGCUGCUCCUCGGAAUGCGUUCGUACCGACCUCGUCGCCGACUGUCGAGCCUUCGGUCCCUUCACGGAACACGUUCCAACAACACUCAACAGAAGCAAAUCCAAGUGCAACUUCCAGUGGAAACGGAAAACCUCCCAAACCAACUUCCGGCCAUCCUUCGCCUACUACUUCUCCUCCGGCCGCUCAAAGCGGAAGUGGCGUGGUACCAAAUAGUGACGACACUUUAAUGGAACUUUUACGCCGGCAUCCGGUGAUGUGGCAAGGACUUUUGGGAUUGAAAAAUGACUCGGCAGCUAUUCAAAUGCAUUAUGUAUCUGGGAAUUCGAAAUUGGCCGAAUAUUCGUUGCCCAAGGCUACUGGAGCUACCGGACCAAACGGGGUCACGCUCCCCCCGAUACUGAGAAUUGCUCAACGCAUGAGAAUGGAAAUCUCGCAGUUGGAAGGAGUCACAAAGCGCAUGCAGUUUGAUAACGAGCACUGCUUGUUGUUGGCUUUGCCAUGCGGUAGAGAUCCGCUUGACGUUCACGCGCAAACGAGAGCUUUGAAAACUGGUUUCAUCGCAUAUCUUCAGCAGAAACAGGCAGCGGGGAUUAUCAACAUUUCUCAACCUGGAAGCCAGCAGGCAAGUUUUGUUCUUCAUGUGUUUCCUCCUUGCGAGUUUACUCAUUCGCAUCUUUCAAGAGUCGCUCCGAAUCUUCUCGACAGUGCUACGGACUCUGGACAUUUGAUGGUCGUCGUUGCAACCGUCUAAAUCCAUAAUAAAGAUCUCGCCGCUUCUAUUAGGACAAAUUCAUUGACAACCGUGUAAAAGAGGCCUUCCACAAUCGCAAUGUUGAACAACGUUUUAGAUUUUUUACUGGUGGAACGAGAAAUGCGCAGAUGAUCACCAACAAUUAUCACACUAUGGAAAUUUUAUUAUCGAUUUCACAAAUAUCACUCCGCCACAGAUCAGUCUUAUUCAAAGAGCUGUAGUCGUGGUAAAUGUACUGACUUUUUAUGCCUAAGAAAGCAGCAAAAAAACGAGUGGAAAUGAUUUAACAGAUGACUUGAAACACGUGUCGUUUUUAUUGGUUUUGUUGCCAGUAUCCAUACAUUGUUCUGCGAAGGACUUGCAUGCUUCGUUAUCACGUCACAAUAUGAAAUAGUCUUAUUCCGUUUUGUUUGGUAGUCUAACAAGUAGAUCCGCAUGAUUGUCAAGGCUGUGCACUUUAUGCAAAUUACACCAAUGGGGUGUUGAGGUUUCUAGACCACGGUACGUCAGAUUUACUGGGAAAUGAUUUAAUAGACGUAAAAGAAUUCUGUGAAUUUUAACAUUGGACGAAAUCUAUCGUCUCUCUAAUUGGGCAAAGACAAUUUUGGACCCGAUUUUAAUUUGUGUCUUAUUUUAAGUGCUGUAGUGUGUGUGAUGUCCUCAGAACUGUAAUGAUAAAACUGUUUGUAAAACUGAACAUCUAAAAGUG